UUCUUUGACUAUGUUCAUAGUAUAUUUUAUUAUUCUCUUACUACUUUUGUUCUUCAUAUAUCAUCUAUAAAUAGAGACGAACUAUUCUUCUCUCCCAACUUCCUCCACAAUUUACAAUACCCUUUAAGUUAGUAACUUACUAUCAAUGGUGAAAGCUAUUCAAAAUACGACAAAGCGAAUGUCUUCUCCAUCAUCAUCUUCAUCUUCAUUAUCAACAUCAUCAUCCAUAAGCAAGAGUAACCUGGCCAAGAAGUACAAAGGAGUGAGAAUGAGAAGUUGGGGUUCAUGGGUUUCAGAGAUCAGAGCUCCCAAUCAAAAGACAAGGAUCUGGCUCGGUUCUUACUCAACCGCUGAAGCCGCUGCUCGAGCCUACGAUGCUGCGCUUCUCUGUCUCAAAGGAUCUUCGGCUAGUAAUCUCAACUUCCCAGAGAUCUCAUCUUCUCUCUACAAUACCAACAAUGGUGACAACAAAAACAAUAUUAACAUGUCUCCUAAGUACAUACAGAGAGUGGCUGCUGCUGCAGCUAACGCAGAUCCUUCUUCCUCAUCUGUGUCUACUUCAUCUCCGUUGCUUUCUUCAUCUCCAUCUGAAGAUCUCUAUGAUGUCGUCUCCAUGUCUCAGUAUGACCAACAAGUAGUCUCCUUGUCUGAAUCAUCAUGGUACAACUGCUUUGAUGGUGAUGAUCAGUUCAUGUUGCCGUAUUUGACAACACCACUUGCUGAUGAUUUCUUUGAGGAAGGGGAUAUCAGAUUAUGGAAUUUUUGUUGAUUCUGCUUUAACUAUAUGAUCAUGAUUCAUACCUUAUUUUUCUACAGUCAUCAAAAACAAAAGAUUAUUUGUUUCAAUAUAUAUCAGUCAUGAUACAUUGUGUUA